GAUUUGCAAAGCCUAAUUGUGAACCCCCGGAUGAAAUUGGGGAACUCAUUCGCCAGAUACCGGACGAAGUUUUAAACUCCAACGUUAAAACCGAACCAAACUUACCUGAUUUUCAUAUUAAAUCCGAACCACAUUCUACAGAUUUAGAUAUAAAACCAGAAUCGCAAUCCACGGAUUUUCAGAUAAAAUCGGAACCACAAUCCACGGAUUUUCAGAUAAGUUUGGAAUCACUAUCCACGGAUUUUCAUAUAAAAUCGGAACCUCUUGAUACCGAUCUAAAGAUUAAAGCUGAUCCUGAUGUUGUGGAGUCUAGUCAGAUGAGAGGGGAGGAAGAAAAUUUUAAUAAAAAUGAAGUAAAACAGUCUACAAAAAGACCGCUUUUCUCAGGAAUGAAUAGUGCAACUGACCGGCCAUCCCAGCAGCGGGAUCCAAACGACCCCUGGUUUCAAGCUUAUGAGGCACGGAAGAAGGCUGCUCUGAAGAACUUGGAAACAAAGAAUUUACAAUCUGUAGCUGGGGCCUCAGCUUUUUGUGGGAAAAUAGAUGGAGUUUCAACUCUUUCCGCACAAAACCAGGUGACUAAGCUCAUGAGAAAGCUGAAGAAGGAUGAGAAGGCUGUCAAGGUUGUGUUUGUGGAGAUGACGGAGACAAAGAUUUCCACGACAGAGUCUACAGAAACACAGGAGUCAACUGUGAAGGAAGAAACGAGUAUCAAGGGCGGGUUGUUCGCCAGCUAUGCCUCCAGACAGGUGUCAACAACCAUCAGCCAAACCAAACCAACAAUAAGCAGCUCCAGUCAACCUUUCAAUUAUCAAAGCUCAAGCACUACGGAAAAGAAUGACUCGCAGAAAUCAAAUUUUGGCGCCCAAAUUGUUAAUGGCGGCCAAUCAAGUUUUGGCGGGAGGAAUAGUUAUUUUGAAUCUAAUAAUGGUCGGAAUGGUAAUGGAGCACAAUUUAAUGGAAUUAAUACCGGGACACAAAAUAAUUACAUCGGACAGAACAAUUAUAACAAACAGAAUAGUUAUAAUUAUAAUCAAAAACCUAGUUCCGGCAAUCAAAAUAAAUUCAGCAAAAAAGAUUACUCUAGCUAUGGAGCUGGUUCAAAUUUACAGACAAGUCAAACAUCUACUAAAAGUUCCUCUGAUGAAAGUGCAUUCAAGAGCCGACCCCCACCACCCCCGAGUGCGUUCCUAAUGAGUGAUUUUAUGAAGCAUAAUAUAGGGGCAAACUCGGGUGGUUCUGAAGACACCAUGAAACCAAACAAUCCUUCAAACAAUUCAAAUUUCUCUAGCCCAGAAAGUCGACCUGGUCGACCUUCUGUUCCAACCCCUGGACGUUACGGAACAAGAUACGGUGGAGCUCCAAGCCCAGGACCUCAUCCAUCUCAGGUUCUAAAAGAUUUGAAUGAAACCGGAUCCUAAGAUUAGAGAGAGCAAUAGUUGAACUAGGAAUGGCUAAUUUGACAUUUUACGAAGGAGAUUUAAUAAUUUUUUUUUUAAAGAUUCUUCUAGACUUCAGCCUUGUAAUUGUUUUAAUGUUCACUAUAUUUAUACAAGUUCAAUUUUGUGACAGCUAAUGUCGAUCAGAUAAUAUGUUGAACGCAAUCAGCUUUCUCCCGGUGCCCGUAAACGUUGGUUGUCACAGCCGAAAUAUUUUAUCUAGAGACUUAAACUUGAUCCAUUUAUGCGUGUUCAAGAGGUUUGGGAAGCUGAAGAUGUCAAAGUAGGGUAAACCUCUAUUGUAGAAAGUGUCCUUCAAUUUUGGUGUAGGACGUCCCUAAAAGCAUGAUUUGAUUUGUAAUCUAUGUUUCAGCAAACCAGUAAGUAUCUUUUCCCUAAGACCUCUUUGGAGCAAUUUUUGUCUCUGGAUCCAAGAUAAAAAACAUUGAUCUAUAUUUAAGACAACAUGAUAUUUUAUCUUGAAAUUAAUGUUUGGGGAUGAAUUUAUUUAACGCUUUUUUUUUGUCAAAUUAUGCUUUUUAAAGAAAAAUUUAAGUUUGUAGCAGCAUAUUGGGUCCCCUCCGCUGGAGCGGAGGCCACCGGAGGGAAAUUUUCUUCAGCGGAGGGAAUGCACAAUCAUGAUGUAAUACUAAU